CUGUUUUAUUCAACACCUAUGCCAUCUGUUGGUAAAAAGCUAAAGUUGUGGUCUUUCCAGCCUCUCGAAACUGAACUUUGAACACUCUGUAACGUAACGUCGGCGACGGCAGAAGAAGAAGCGUUUUAUUAAGGCGCAGACUGCCUGAUAGAGAGCUCGGAGACACAUGGAGAUAACGUUUGCGGGAAAGCGGGCCUUGGUUACAGGCGCAGGCAAAGGCAUUGGUCGUGCCACCGCACUGGCUUUGUCACGCUGCGGAGCAGAGGUCAUGGCUGUCACACGGACUCAGGCUGACCUGGACAGCCUCGUGCUUGAGUGUCCUUCCAUCAAGCCGGUGUGUGCAGAUCUGUCAGACUGGGAUGCCACAGAGCAGGCACUGAAAGACGUGGGUCCUGUGGAUCUCCUGGUGAAUAAUGCAGCCUGCGCUAAGCUUCAGCCCUUUCUGGAGGUCACGCCAGAGCAGUUUGACAUAUCUUUUAAUGUCAACGUGAAGGCUGCACUCCAUGUUGCACAAAUCGUGGCUCGUGGCAUGGUGGCCAGGGGAAGUGGUGGUUCCAUUGUGAACAUCUCCAGCCAAGCUUCACAGUGUGCCUUAAGAGACCACGCUGUGUACUGUGCCACCAAAGGUGCCCUGGACAUGCUCACCAAAGUAAUGGCACUGGAACUCGGCCCAUAUAAGAUCCGAGUGAACUCGGUAAACCCAACUGUUGUCAUGACAGAGAUGGGCAGAUUGGGCUGGAGCGACCCUGAGAAAGCUAAGACCAUGACAUCACGCAUCCCACUGGGCAGAUUUGCAGAGGUAGAGGAUGUGGUGAAUUCCAUACUGUUCCUCCUCAGUGACAAGAGUGCCAUGACCAAUGGUGUUACCCUGCCAGUCGAUGGGGGUUUCCUGGCCUGCUGACCUGGAAUUGCUUGAGUUGGUCAUACUGAGAGUUCAUAUAGAACACAGGAACAAGCGCAGUUCCAUAAUGAAACUCAAGUUCUGAUCGAUGUUGCUGCUUUGCCAAAAUCAUGUGGCUGAAGCACUAUUGUCGAAUAUCUUGUUCUUACUAAAGUACAAAACCAGAAUGGCUGUCCGAAUGAUAAUGAUCACUCAAGUCAAGUUAGGUAAGAGCUUAGGCUAUAAAAUGUCUAUCUCUUAGAACUAGACUUUGUAUGCCAUAAAUUUAUAUAAGAAGAAAACAGGAGAUCUGAUUUGCAUAAUUGUGUAUUGUAAAUUACACAGGUUGUAAAAGCAAUUGAAUGCACUUUAGAAAUGAUCUCAAGAGAUGAAUAUGAGAUGAAUCCUCACACACAGAUUUGCAAAAGGACAAGGGCCAACCACGAAAGAAAUGACUGGAAUUAAAAAUCGAAGUAAAGGUAUACACGAAUAAAUUUAUUAAUGCAUU